AUGGACUUAACUUCUGUUGUAGUAUUUUGUUUAUGUAUUGGACUGUCGCAAAGCAUUUUCUUUCAUAUGAAAGAAACUGAAGAACGGUGCUUUUUGGAAGAUGUUCCGGAGGACACUCUUGUGGCAGGGAAUUAUAAAUUAUUGGCUUCUAAAGGAAAGCAUUUUGAACGCUCCAAAGACUUGGGAGUAAAAGUUAAGGUUAUUGAUCCAUAUGAUCAAAUUUUGCUCGACCGUGUGUAUUCUUCAGAAGGGCGGUUUGUUUUUACUGCUCAUAGACCUGGUGAAUACAAAAUAUGCAUUUCAUCUGAUUCCGGUGCUUGGUUUGGUGGAUCACAAUUGAGAGUACACCUCGACAUCGCAGUUGGUGACCACGCUUUAAAUUAUCAAGAAAUAGCUACAAAGGACCGAUUGAACGAUAUUCAGCUUCGGGUUCGUCAGCUACUUGAUCAGGUUCAAAGCAUAGCCAAAGAUCAGAAUUAUCAGCGUGUAAGAGAAGAAAGUUUCCGAUCACUAAGCGAAAGCACAAACCGACGCGUGACUUGGUGGAGUGUUGCUCAAUUGGUCUUGCUUAUCUGUAUUGGAUUCUGGCAAAUGCGUCACUUGCGCGCUUUCUUCCAAGCCAAAAAAUUGGUCUGA